GGGUUGAAGUGUACGCUCUCUCUCCUUUCAUGAUGAAGUCGUAUCUGACAUUGAGAAGCAUCGCGAGGAGAUACAACCGUUUGCUAUCAAGGAACCAUGCUCUGACAACACCGGCUAAAUGGCGGAGUUUCGUAACUGCCGCUACGACAACUGCUCAGAGCAUUGAUAAUCUCCCACUUGCGGGCAUUCGCGUUUUAGAUAUGUCACGAGUUCUUGCGGGACCAUAUUGUACGCAAAUACUUGGGGAUUUAGGUGCGGAAGUCAUCAAGAUCGAGCACCCAACCCGCGGCGAUGACACCAGGGCAUGGGGACCCCCUUUCGCCAAAUAUAAAGUAGACGGCAAAGAGGGACCAGGAGAAAGCGCAUAUUAUCUAUCGGUAAACCGCAACAAGAAAUCUCUGGGGCUGUCUUUCGCCCAUCCUUCCGGUGUCGAAAUCCUCCAUAAGCUCGUGAAGGAGUGUGACAUUCUGGUGGAGAACUACAUUCCCGGAUCACUAAAGAAAUACAAAAUGGACUACGAUACCGUGAAAGUUAUCAACCCAAAGUUGAUUUACGCAAGUAUUACGGGGUAUGGGCAGACUGGACCUUAUAGCCAACGGGCAGGGUACGAUGUCAUGGUUGAGGCUGAGAUGGGCUUGAUGCACAUUACUGGUUCUCGAGAUGGACCUCCAGUGAAAGUUGGUGUCGCUGUCACGGAUCUAACCACGGGACUUUACACGUCCAAUGCAAUCAUGGCGGCAUUGCUGGCACGAGCGAAAACUGGGAAGGGCCAACAUAUCGACGCGUGUUUGAGUGACUGCCAGGUGGCUACGCUAUCGAAUCUGGCAAGUUCUGCACUGAUUAGCGGCGAAAAGGAUUCGGGGCGAUGGGGAACUGCUCAUCCUUCCAUCGUACCUUAUCGUGCAUAUGAAACGAAAGACGGCGAUAUACUUCUUGGUGGCGGAAACGACAAACUCUUCGGGCUACUGUGUGACGGAUUAGGCCAACCGGAAUGGAAAGUAGACGAGCGUUUCGUCAGUAAUAACCUUCGAGUAAAGAAUAGAGAGGUCUUGGAUAAGAUGAUCGAAAACAAGACAAAACAGAAGACUACUCAGGAGUGGCUCGAGAUAUUCGAAGGCAGCGGCAUGCCAUAUUCCGCUAUCAAUGACAUCCAGGGGACCCUGAACAACCCACAUGGUAAGUUUGCAGGUUUAUCUUUACCUUAACCAUUAUAUGGCCUCCGAGAAUUAAUUGCUGACAUGAAUAACCAGUGCUGGCCCGAGGGAUGGUUGUGGAGAUAGAGCAUCCGAGCUGCGGACCUAUAAAGUUGGUCAACACUCCUGUUAAGUUUUCCGAUGCUAAGCCAGGUAUAAGAACAUCACCACCAAUGCUGGGUCAGCAUAGCGACGAGGUCCUUCGAGAUCUUGUGGGUCUUGGAGAGGACAAGAUUGCGCAAUUGAAAGAACAGAAAAUCGUUGCAUAGACACAUAUAUAUAUAUAUUAUCUUUCAGCGGGCGC